AUGGAAGGAUGGUUUCUGGGGGAGCUUGUUGAGGAACGAAAUCGAGGAGGUGUGGCCAUGUUUAGUUGGGUCCCAGGAAUUGACUUGUCCGGGACAAGUUUAAGGUUGCUCGUUGGCAAAUGGCAGACGUGCAUGCAAGUCGGUGACGUUUUGAGGGGUAUGGUGGACUGUGUAGCUGCUGAAGACAAGGAUCAAGGCGACUUGCAUCGUCAACAUGGUGACGAUGGCUUUGACAACUUUCUGGAACAAGAGUUGGAGCGGUUGAAACGAGCGAGCCACCACCAUAAGGCGACAGAUCGUUUAUACGUUCUUAGAGCUUCUGCAAACAGCAGUGCCAUGAUCGACGGAUGGUGGGCCGAGUUCGGCGUAUUCGAAGGAAUCAGCAUCAACGCUCUUGCAGCGAUUGCAAAGUCCCGCAGAAUCGAAAAGUCCAAGGCUCCUACACACAUCUACGGGUUCGACAGCUUCGAAGGCUUACCAGCACCCGAAACGGACGGGCGAACAGAUUGGCUGACCAGGCGAUUUGACCGGCGUGGUGAGUUGCCGCGAGUGGACGAGUCUGUCGAACUGAUAGCAGGCUGGUUCUGUGAUACAAUCCCCUGCUUCUUGUCCAGAGCUGAAGUCCGGGGGAAACCUGCAUCUCUGAUCCACGUCGACUCCGAUAUCUAUAGCUCCGCCAUCUUCGUUCUUGAGGAGCUGACGCGAGCGGGGGCGAUAGUGGAGGGAACGAUCGUCGUCUUUGAUGAGCUGCUGCACUAUGAAGGCUACGAGCGCCAUGAGAUGAGAGCUUUGUGGGAGUGGGGAGGCAAGUUUGGAGCCGAAUGGGAAUGGAUCUGCGUAAAGCAUCGGGUCAUGGGAAGGGAGGAGAGUCUGGGAUCCUCCGUUCGCGUCCCUCACCGGCACCUUCGCUCUCAGGGAUACGAUCAGUCGGCCGCACUGCGAGUUGUGAAGCUGAAUACAGCCGUUGUCGGCGAGCAGUCCGAUCGGCGAGCAACUGAGAGCUGA